AUGUCUAAACGAAAUAGCGCCGCGGCUGCGAAUGGCGCCGCCUCGAAGGAAGGCUCCGAGGUCAAUCCGCCUGAAGUAGACAAGCAAAGACUCCUGUUGGCCUCCGACGCCGGGCACUUCUCCCUCAUCCGAGCGCUGCAUCUAGCGGAUCUGAUUACCGAGCUGAACGGCCUCUGCGGCGUACUCUCCCUCUUCUCCUCACUGCGCUACUGCCUCGGCGAUCCCUCACAACACGGCAACCUCUGGGCGGCGCUGCUCUUCCUGCCGUUCGGGCUGUUUUUUGACGCUCUCGACGGCAAGGUGGCGCGCUGGCGGAAAAAGAGCAGCAUGAUGGGACAGGAACUGGAUUCUCUCGCCGACUUGAUCUCGUUCGGCGUCUCCCCAGCCGCAAUCGCCUUUUCCCUCGGCAUGCGGACGACGCUGGACCAAGUGGGGCUCGCCUUCUUCGUGCUGUGCGGCCUGACACGGCUGGCGCGCUUCAACGUGACGGCCUCGUCCAUCCCCAAGGACGCCACGGGCAAGGCGCGCUACUUUGAGGGCACCCCGAUCCCCACGACACUGGCUCUCGACGCCCUCAUGGCCUUUUGGCUCUCGCGAGGCACGGUCCUCGACGCCCUCCCCGGCGGCGUCUGGUUCGCCGGCUGGGGCCCGCUGUUCGAAAUCCACCCCGUCGUGCUCCUUUUUGUUGUUCACGGCUGCUUGAUGACUAGUCGAACUAUCCACAUUCCUAAGCCGUAG